AUGGCGUUCAAAAAUGAGAUAUGUACUGGAGGAAAAAUUUCAAAAGAACGUUUAACUGUACUCUUGUGUUUUAAUAUGGUAGGUGAGUUUGAACGGAAAUUCGUCAUAGGCAAAGCUAAACGUCCACGAGCCUUCAAAAAAUUGGAUAUUAACAACUUUCCCGUCGAUUGGUAUUGGAACAAAAUAGCCUGGAUGACCACUGAAAUAAUGACCGAGUGGCUUAUGAAAUUUGAUAACAGAAUGGGUCAAAAUAAAAGAAAAGUUUUACUCUUUUUAGACAACGCGGCUCCUCAUCCACAUUUAAAAAUGAAAAAUAUUGAACUUGUGUUUUUUCAGCUAACAUGA